CAGCCAUUCUCAUCCACACCGCCACCAUGGCCGGCCCCAGCAAGUCUUUGAUCCUCGACCCGGCCCUCCAGAAAUACUACGAACUCACCGCAAACCGAUACAAGUACUUCCGGUGGACGCCGCGCCAUGCCUGGUUCUCGUUCCUGUACAUGGCUCUGAUUCCGGGAGCUCUGGGCUACGUUGCCUACACCACUGAUGGCAAAUAUGACUUGCGCGGCAAGCGGAAGGGAGAUACCAUUGUGGAGUGGUAG